AUGUCCGACCACGAGAAGCGGGGUAGUUCUGACGAUAACAGGCCUGCGAACGCUCAACGCCGCCCAGACAAGAAUGAUAAUGCUUCUGCAGACUCUAGCCAAGAUGUUGCGUCUCUAGGUUCGCGCAUUCAGCAAUCAGCCUCUGGACUUGCGAGAAAUGCCUUCUUCUCAUCUGCUUCCUCGGGAGACACGGCGCAUCUACUGUCGGAUAAUGGCAAGGCGACGCCAUCUUCGUCCUCUUCAGCCUUAGCAGCCGCAGAACAGUACGGCCAGGUUAUCGGACCUCCUUCUUCAUCUUCGCGCGAUCCAAGCGCCCACGGCCCCGCGGAAACAUUCAGAUCAGCGCCCACCACUCAGUCGGGAGGUUUCGAGCUACCUGGGCUCACGGAGGAUCAAUUCCAGAAUACAUACGGCGGGGAUUUGUCGGAGACAAUCGAUCCAUUCGAUGCGGGUAAGGGUAAGGGCAAGGGCAAGGCUACAGCAAGCUCGGUUCCUAGGUCGGAGUCCGAGUCUGCACAUAGAACCUCAACCUACCACGAUGAAGCAACCGCAGCAUCAACCCUAAUCCCGUCCGACGGCGACGCCGUAGUCUCGAUCCUGACCGAUCAAACCUUCGACCCGGAAUUCCCUCCCUCAGCCAACGAGCCUCCAGAAUACCUCGAGACAGAACUCUCCCCACCUCAACUUACCCCGGCCGAGAUCCAGAUGAUUGAGUCGUUCCGCCGCCAGUUACCCCCCGACGUUCAGAGGCCACAACAGAGUCAGACCCAGCUGAAUUCCCUCAGUCUCGUUCCCGACAUCGGCUCAUUCCUAGACGCGAUUCCGGCUGCAUCGGCUACCCACGCAACUGCGCUCCGAGACACCGUUUUGGCAAGCUUGCCUGGUGCGGCGGAGUGGGUCUCUGUAGAAGAGAAAUACCACGAUGAGGUCUGGGGCUAUCUACAACCCACUCUCGAGGCGGCUGUAAAGGAGAUAGAAUCUAGCAGGGACUCUGCUGGUGCGGCAGAUGGGCCCGCGGUUCGAAGGUUGAAAAUGAUUUUGAAGCACAUGCAGCAUUGA